AUGGACGGCUCAUAUCCCAUCCAUCCUACCCAAGCUAUGCAAUCACCAUUCUUCUACUACAACCCGGACCCUCAGGGCGAGAACACACGCCAACACGGCCACUUCACACCCCACCCAUCUGGACAGGCUACCUUCCAAGCACAAAACAUGUACUACCAGAGGCCAACAUCGGCAUGCUCUCAGAUGUCCUACCCUCAGACAGCCUACGCCAACCAGAUGCUUACUCCAGUCGCAUCACCUCAGCCAAUGUACCAGAAGCCCACAAUCUUGAUCCAACCUCAAGAUUCGCCAUACCUUCACCCCAUUGACACCGACUACUCGUUCUCACCUGCUACACCUCCUCUUUCAUCAUGCGGUAGCAACACCAGCAGCCCUCCCUCUACAUACGAUGUCCUUCCUACACCGCUGCACGACAUGUUCUCUGCUGAGGGCAUUGAGGGUGUCAAGCAAGGCUGCGAAGGCGAGGUCUUUUCUGAGCUUCUGUCCGCUGGUCUCGAAUGGCGUUCAGCUUCCCCACCCAUGACUCCAGUUUACAUCCAGCCUCCGUCGGCUAGCCAGGGGUCUUACCUUCUGUCUGCAACUUCAUGCCCCUCGCUCUCCCCAUCACCAUCACCAGUACCCCGCGCUGCAUUUGCUGAAGCCGAGAACAACUUCUGCAACCCCCGCGAUCUCACCGUCUCUGCCACUACUGAGCUCCCCAUUGUCACACUUUGCCCUGGCGACGAAGAGCACAAGGUUGUCCUUAAGGUCCUUCAACAUUACUGGCCUUCCACUUUCGAGCCCCUGUUUGAGCUUGACUGCGAAGACGACUUCACCGGCCUUGUCAACUUCUCCACCGACAGCGUCCACUUCCUCGGCAACAAGCGCCAGCGCACUGACCUUGGUGCCUUCUCACCUGAGGAGGACUUCCUAAGCGACGAGAGCUUCACAGACUUUGAGGAGGAGCUUGUUCACGGUCUGCCCCUUACCCCUGCCGCCAGCGACUUCGACAUGUCCGCCGCUCCUAAGAGGCGAACAGUCAAGAAGGCUCGCUCAGAGUUCAGCGAGACUGAGUCCGACUACCAGGGUAAGCAACAGACAUCAGGUGAUGAUAACACCAUGUCUGGAGCAUCAAGCCAACAAGAAUCAGGUCAAGCCGAGAACGCUGUCGGCUCCAGCUCAGACGAACACGCCACUCCUGUCGCACCUACCAGCCGUCGCGGUCGCAAGCAGUCGCUCACCGACGACCCUUCCAAGACCUUUGUCUGCACACUCUGCUCGCGCCGCUUCCGUCGUCAAGAACACCUCAAGCGUCACUACCGCUCUCUCCACACUCACGACAAGCCCUUUGAGUGCACCGACUGCGGUAAGAAGUUCUCCAGGAGCGACAACCUCUCCCAGCACCAGCGCACCCACGGUACUGGCGCUGUCAGCCUCGAGGUCAUGGGCUCCGACUUCCAUCACUCUGACAUGCAGCAUGGUCAAUCUGGUGCGUUCGGCGCACAGGCGCCUUCCACCAUGGGUGAGAUCCUCUACAACGCUGCUGCCGAGAUCUCCACCUCAAGCUCAGAUGGAUCAGAGAACGAGUCGUCGCCCAGCCAGAAGAAGCGCAAAAGGAACGAGUAA